GACACCGAAGUGCGAUUUCUGAUUCAAGAUUCAAAGCUCAAUGUUUCGUAAAUUCAGAUUCUUUUUUUCACGGUUUGGUCCUAACACCCAAAUAAUUCUGGGUUUUGAUUUGUGAUGAUAAGUCUAUGGAUAGUAUAGAAUCUUGAGCGCGAAUAUGGGAUUGGGAAGAACACGAUACGAUGUAGAAAAGUGGCAGAGAACAUAUUCGGCUCAUCAGGUUCACUCAUCCACAAAUCGGCAACGAACCCACAAGCCUUCUUCGCCAUUCGAGCACAGCUAAGGUUUAGACUCUGCUCCGAGAGAGAGAGAGAGAGAUGGGGGUGACGAAGGAGCAAGUCGAAGCUUCGCUGACUUCGAAGCUCAAACCUGUUCAUCUCGAAGUGAUCGACACGUCUGGAGGCUGCGGGGCGAGUUUUGAGAUCGAGGUUGUUUCGGAACAGUUUGAAGGGAAGAGGUUGCUAGAGAGGCACCGGAUGGUGAAUGCAGCACUGGAGGAAGAGAUGAAGGAGAUUCAUGCCCUCUCCAUUAAGAAAGCUCAGACGCCGGAACAGUGGAAGCCAUUGCAGGACUCUGCAACUCCGACCACUAUUGCCUGAACGCCCUCCUGUCUGUAAGGCUUCGAACGUUUCUGCGUGGAAACAAAAGCAAAAAACAUCGACUUUGUUGUGGUACUUCUUGAUUGGGCGGCAAACCUCAUAAAUUCUAUAUAUAUAUAGAGAGAGAGAGAAAAGCAUGUAUGGUGGAUUUAUAGAUCAUAUGAGGAAAAUGAUGCCCAGGAAAUAAAUUUGAAUAAAUGAAAUCUUACACUACAA